GUGAGAAAGGGGACCGUAUAAGGUGCGUGGGGAUGAUUUGAAAGCGGUGUAUAGCCUCUGUCCGGAUUGCUACUGUCGACGCAUCGCCUGGAUGCCUUUUGAGAGCAAGCGGUGGCCAAAAUGGCCGAGCAGAACGUCUCCCGAACGGCGCCAUUUUACCUGAUUCCACCACGGCGCAUUGUCAGCGUUGAGCAUCCGGCCAUCAUCAGAAAUGUCGACAAGGCGAUUGAUACACUGGGGGGGGGCGCUGGUAUCGCGAAGAUCCUCAAUCCGCCAAAGGCGGAUGCUCCAGCUAAUCUGCUGAUGCGGCCGGAGGAUGCAUUGUCUCGACCUUUGCAGUCGACAAACUCGCCGUCAAACAAUAUCCUCCUCAGAGUGACAGUUCCCAAACGGACAGGUCGCAAGCGAAAGAGGGGAUCGAACGAGCCUUUCACAGAUGCUAUAGUCUCUGAUCCCGUCCAAGGGCCGCCGCGGCCUCGUGCACGCGAGCUGCUCCGCAGUCUUCAUGACAAUGUUGGGGCAUAUCAAGUCGAGCCAGUCGGUCUGGUUGAACGCACGCAUGUUUUUCGAGGAAUGCCGGACUUUGUCUUCGCGACGACUCCCAGCCCAUUCAUCAGCCGAUUCCGUGAACAUAUCCUGCCUUUUGACUACCAAAAAAUGAAGCACUUCGAUCUAGAAAUGAGCAAAGGGGCCAUUUCCAACGUGGACAUAAUCCCACCCCCGUCUUUCAGCCAUGGAGACGUUCCCUUCAACUACAACUACCGCCAAAACCCCACAGUCAAACAGUCAAUCGACAACUCGGGCAACGUCACCACGGUCAACACCCAACGGGCCGUCAAAGUGCUGACCUACCUCGUCCCCUCGGACAUCGCCCGCGUCCCAAGCCAACCGCGCGACAACUGCCCGCCAAUCUCCACGCUCGACCCGACGCUCCAAGAAACCAUCACCGCAGUCCGAGCGCUCUUCGAAACACGGCCCGCCUGGACCCGACGCGGGCUCCGCAACUCCCUCAAAACCCUCGAACAACGCUACGCGCUGCGCCACGCGGUUCCCUACGUCGGGUACAUCUUCCGCUCAGGCCCGUGGCGCGACGCGAUCAUCAAAUUCGGCCACGACCCGCGCUCCGACCCCUCCUCGCGAAUCUACCAAACCACCAUGUUCCGCAUUCUCCCCCGCGAAGCCGAACUCGCCCGUGACGGAGCAGGCGCAGGAACAGGAACAGGACGCCGACACACCACCGUCGCCCGCCCCCACGAACAAGCGCCCCCGGAGCCCACGACGGCAACGCCAACGCCAACGCCCACGCCAACCUCGCACAUAUUCACAGGCCAGCCGCCUCUCGCGCUGGACGGCCGAAUGUGGAUGUUCUGCGACAUCACGGACCCCCUCCUGCACGGCAUCCUAUUCCCGUCGUCGUCGUCGUCAGCAGCAGCAGGUGGUUUCUUCCUCCGGCCGACGUGCGACAUCGCCAGCGACGGCUGGUUCGGCAGCGGCACCCUGGCCAAGGCCAAGGCCGUCAUGCGCGCCAAGAUCCAGGCGCUGUUUGAAGGCCGCGUGCCCGACGACGGCGAGUACGCGAAGAUCCUGACCAUGCCGGACCAUGCGAGUCCCGAUUCCAGCAUGGCUGGGUUCUGGCUCGACGCGGGCGAGGCGUCGACGCGGGAGCUGCAGUUGGCGUCGGAGGUGCGGUCGACCAUCAAGGGGACGGUGACGUGGAGGGAGCAGGCGGCGGCGGCGGCGGCGGGGCAGCUGCAGGGUGGUACUGGUACUGGUACUGGUACUGGCGCUGCUAGUGCUAGUGCUAGUUCGGGGACGGCGAUGGAGAAGGGCAAGGGCCGGCAGCAGAUUAGGUUUGAAGAUGAGGAUGGGGAGGAGGGGGAAGAGGAGGGUCUUGAGCGGGAGGAGAUCUUGGAAGCUGUGGGGGAGGUUUUGAAUUCUGUUGGUGGUUCUCGGGAACAAGACGAUGAUGAUGAUGAUGAUGAUGAUGAUGACGAGAAUGAAAAUUGAUCCAGGCAUACGAUGGAGGUACGCUGGCAAGUACGUACUUGGGUGAUUUUCAGUUUAAUUAAUAGAAUGAAGGAUAUACAUCGUGAACGACAUCAAACGUGACACAUUGCAGCUCAUUAGGUUGUACAUGCUAUGCUGUCAAUUAUGCAUGGACUGGAGAACAAGAAGAGCAACGAAAAUGAACAGAGUCGCUGGCAGUAAUCAUGCUGAUGAUGGAGUAACAAUCGAACAAACCGAAUCGCAAUGCAGC